UGUCUGAGUCUGUUAGCAGAGUUAGCUUUGUUGUGUCUUCUUAUCUGAGUGUUUGUGUCUCUGCAGCAACAAUGUCUUCAACUCAGUCUCUGAGAGAGUUUAUCAGGGAGCGACUGACCGCUGCUGCUGAAGAAAUAUUCACAGAGUUUGAUAAAACCAUCGUCCACUACGAGGAAGAGCUGGACCGUCAGCGCAGACUGCUGGAAAUCUGCUACAAACCCCAAAUAAACCUGCAGAGAAUAGUUCUCCCACAGCAUUAUAUUUGGAAGGAGGAGGAGGUUCCCACUGAACAUCACAUCUGCAGCCAAGAGAGUAACUCCAGUUUGGACCAAGAAGAGCCACAAUCUUUUUUGACAGAGGAGGAACUGAAGAAACCCAAAUCUCAACAGAUAAAAGAGAACAGGGCUAAACUAGAACCACCACAAAUAAAGGAGGAACCACAGCAUCCAGCAAUAAAGUACGAAGAGGAGCAACUCUAUAUUAGUCUGGAGAAAGAGCAGCUGGGACAGCAGCAGUCAUCUGAUUCCUUUACAGUAGUUGCUGUUUACGAGGAAACAGACCACAGCGAACCAGAAUCAUACAAGGACCAACUCAUCGCUCAGAUUUUCUCUGAGUCUGAGAAACAAAAACAGGAAAGGAGCGACCUUGAAGAUUCAGAAUCAAGUAGAGAUGAAGAAAAUAAGAGUGUUCAGCAAAUGAGAGGUGAUGUUGAGGAUGUGGUCAACACAGAAGUGGAAAGACGGGAGACAGUACACACAAAUGACAAUAUUUCAGCUUGUAAAAUUUGUGGUAAAAGUUUUGCUAAGAAGUUUUUGCCUGAUCACAUGAGAAUUCACACUGGUCAGAAACCUUUCUCCUGUGUGACUUGUGGAAAAAGUUUUACAAUGCAGGCAAUCUUAAAGCUUCACAUAAAAUCGCACACAAGUGAGAAGCCUUUAUCAUGUUUAACCUGUGGCAAACAUUUCAGUAAUAGAGUGAGAUUAUACCGGCACACAAGAACCCAUAGAGAUGAAAAGCCUUUUUCCUGUAUGACUUGUGGAAAACGUUUUAGUCGCAAAAGUAAUUUUGCUGCUCACACGAAAACUCACACAGGUGAGAAACGUUUCUCGUGUUCGGUGUGUGGAAAAACUUUCACCGUAAAAGGAAAUUUAUCUCGGCACAUAAGAACUCAUACAGGUGAAAGGCCUUUUUCAUGUAUGACUUGUGGAAAACUUUUUAUUCAAGAAAGUAAUUUUACUGAUCACAUGAAAACUCACACGGGUGAGAAACCUUUCUCAUGUCUGACAUGUGGAAAAAAAUUUCAUAUAAAGGCAAGUUUAUCUCGGCACAAAAAAAUCCACACAGGCGAGAAGCCUUUUUCCUGUAUGACUUGUGGAAAACGUUUUAAUCGCAAAAGUAAUUUCACUGCUCACAUCAAAACUCACACGGGUGAGAAACCUUUCUCAUGUUUGACAUGUGGAAAAACUUUCAGCAUAAAAGGAAAUUUAUCUCGGCACAUAAAAUCUCAUACAGGCGAGAAGCCUUUCUCAUGUCUGACUUGUGGAAGAAAUUUCUGUGAUAGACCAAGUUUUUCUCAGCACAUAAAAAUCCAUUCAGGCGAGAAGCGUUUUCCUAUAUGACUUGUGGAAAACGUUUUAAUGGGGCAUUCUUCAAAUGAUGUCACAUUUGCCCAGAAACAUUCCGGUUUUCUGGCUGGUCGGACAAGCAGAGGGCAGAGCAAAUGUAGAAACCACGUUCAGGUGUCUGCUCAGAGUCCACAGUAAAGUCCUCUCUGCUACAAGCUCAUAUACAACACUGACAUUUCUUGGCAAUCCUUCGAGGUUUUGAAAAAUCCACGGGGAAAAAAAACUCCCAUCAUCAUAUUACGAGUCACUCCAGCAGAUACAAACACAGUGGUGUUUUCUUGUUGCCAUAAUAUGUCUGUUUUGCUGAUAUUCAGGACAGGUCUGUCCACUAUUUGACUCAUAGAAGUAAAGCUAUUUUCAGCGCUACCGCUCUGCUUGUACGGCCACAAGAUGGUCGCAAUUCAUCUUUCUAAAUUUACUAAUUUGAGGAAUGCCCUAUUGCAGAGCUCAAUUGACUAGUCAUAUUGUUACAGAUGAUGAGAUUACAGAGACUGGGCUGCGAAAGGCAGUUACCAUGGAAACAACAGAUUAACAGACACUGGAGAGACAGAGUCUAACAUACUUCGAUUGGACAGAAUGACUGAUUAGGGGAAAAUGUGUCAGCUUGGACAUGUUUACAUUUUAGCAUGAUCUUCUCCACCAAUGUGAUGAAAGGAGCACUGAUAUCAUACUGGGGAUGCCCUUGAAUGGAUGUACACAAUUGGUCCUACUUAAUAUUUGUGAGUAACUCUGGCAUCUGGAAAUCUACCCGAUUCACAUCGUUGUGUAUCAGAGUCCAGUACUGUAAACAUCCCUCUGCCUUUUAGAUUACAUAUGUGAAAACAUAGUUUCUAUCUUCUACAGAAGUUUACAAAUUGAGAACACCACAUUAUUCAGGAAAAGAACCUGGGAGGACCGUAAUGGGACGCGGUCAACUCUUAACAAUAUGAUAACAUACAGAGGUCAUCAGGUGCAAUCUUGUGAUAUUCUCAAACAUUUGGGGGCUUCAGAACUGCCAGGUGGAAAGUUGAAGUUUGUAGAUAAGGCAAUCAUUAAAUUGGGUUUGUAAUGAUUGGUUAAUAUUCUUGUAAAAUAUUUAGUGCAGUUUCUCUUUUAAGUUUGCUGCUAGAACUUUAAUACAGUGUUGUGCUGUUGCUUCAAUAAUGUAAAUGUUUUAUUUUCAACAUUAAACUAUUUUCUUGGUUUGUGUUUUA